GGCAGGCUCUAUCUAAGCUGACUGGGAAAUUAAACGCGGCCGUCAGCCCCGAGUCGUGAGUCCGUGUCGACCCGCGUGCGUGGUGGCGCCUGUGUUGUUCAGUUCUUUACGUUCGAGUUUCUUGCUCAAAGUUGUUCGUACAUUCGAGUCGAUCGCCGCUAUAGACGCGGCUCGUACGUCCGUCCGUCCGGCGCGCGCGCGCAGCGGACGCGAGCGAGGCUUUGAUUGUCAUGAACGCGAAUGAUCUUCGCUAGGCAGAGUUCUCUCUAAGAGCGGCGGGGAGGAGGAGGCUCGUUUAGUCGGCGCAGUUCGCCGCUAAUUAUUCCCCUCACCGUCGUCGUCGUCGUUAUUAUUUGUACGAUCGACUCGGCUGCCGUUUCACUAAAGUGCCUGAUUUUGUGCGAGCAAGUUGAUUGACGGCAUCGCCGCUGCUUUGAAGCGACGGAUCGGGAGGUGAACGGCGCGCGAUGGCUGGAGACCUGCACGGCGAGAGGGCCCCGCUGCCCAAGCACAUGAUCGAGAACAGCAUGUUUGAAGAUGACGACGAGGAGGAGGAAGAUGAGGAGGCCGAUGCAGGGAUGCCCAAUGUCGACCCGGGCGCCGACCCGUCCCUCGGCAACAGCGUGGCGCUGUCGUCCCCACGCACGCUCGCCGCCAGCUCCGUGCCGCUCUACACUCAGCACCCUCUCAUCAGCAGCGGCGGCGGGAGUGCCGAUAGACCGACGGCGCCGGAGGACGACAGCCGGCCCCACACGCUGUCGCGACUGCCAAUCUACGCCGGGGACCCCGACGAGUUCGACGAAGACUUUGACGACGACAACGAGGAGUCAUCGCGCAGGCUGCUGGGUGCCGCCUUCUUCAACCGCGACCCUGACGAGCCGAGGUCGGGGCGCGGCCCGGGCGGCAGGGCGGCGCCGUCGACGGGGCCCGGCGGCUCGGACGGGCCCGGCGUGCACCUCUGCUGCCAGCAGAUGAGUCCCCGCACGCUCAUGUUCUGCGCUGCGGGCGCCAUCGGCGUUAUCGUGGUCAUCGGAAUCGCGCUGUCUUACGUGCCCUGUGCGCUGGGCAUUGGCAACGGCUGCGCCAGCAGCAACAGCAGUGCCGCCGGCGAUGAUCAUGACCACCGCGGCGGCACGACGCCGAGCGGUGCGGGCAACGCGACGUUCCCCUUCACGGCCGACGGAGAGGUUUUCCCCUGGGCGGACGAUCGACUUCCGAGGUCCGUGCGGCCGUUGCACUACCACCUGUGCCUGCACCCCAACCUGACGACGCUGGCCGUGGAGGGAUACGUCAGUGUGUGGCUGUUGGUGGAUGAGAGCACGGACCACGUGGUGCUGCACGCAAAUAACCUCACCAUCACGGAGUCCAUCCUUGUGCCUGCUGAUGGAGCUCCGGCAGGUGGCGGUGCCGAUGGAUCAUUGGUGGCGAAGCUGCUGCGCUAUGAGCCACGCGACCAGCUGAUGGUUUGCACCCGCAAGCCUCUGACGCAAGGCCAGAUGUACUUGCUCAACAUCACCUUCACCGGGCGCCUGUCCACCAGUUUCCUCGGCUUCUACCGCAGCACUUACCGCGCCGAGGACGGCAGUGAUCGACCGCUGGCGGUGACACAGUUUGAGCCGACGUCCGCGCGCGAGUCCUUCCCGUGCUUCGACGAGCCCGACUUCAAGGCCUCGUUCGACAUCAGCAUCGUGCGCGACGCCGCGCACACCACGCUCUCCAACAUGCCCCUGAACGAGACGGUGACGCGCAAGGACGGGCUGCUCGAGGACACGUUCAAGGGCAGUGUGGUCAUGAGCACCUACCUCGUUGCCUUCAUCGUCAGUGACUUCAAGAGCAUCUCCAACAAAACGAAGCACGGAACCAACGUGUCCAUCUACACAUCCCCUGGCAAGGAGCAGCAGGGAAGUUUUGCGCUGGAAAAUGCCAUCAAGUUCUUGGAUUUCUACGAGGAAUUGUUCAACAUCUCCUAUCCACUGCCCAAGCAAGACCUCGUGGCAAUCCCAGAUUUUGCGGCCGGGGCCAUGGAGAACUGGGGACUCGUCACGUACCGCGAGACGGCGUUGCUGUUAGGCCCCAAGGCCUCGGGCGUGCGGGACACUCUCUGGGUCGCACAGGUCAUCGCGCACGAGCUCGCUCACCAGUGGUUCGGGAACCUGGUGACCAUGAACUGGUGGAACGACCUUUGGCUCAACGAGGGCUUUGCCACCUUCAUGGAGUUCGUAGCGACCGGCUCUCUGAAGCCUGACUGGCUAAUGAUGGACGUCUUCCUCACGGAGGUUGUGAUGGAAGCUCUGACCCAGGACUCGCUUCCUUCCUCGCACGCCAUCUCAUCCGCGGCCGUCGGCACCAUGCAGAUCGGAGAGAUGUUUGACUCCGUCUCCUACAACAAGGGGGCGAGCGUGCUGAACAUGCUGCGCACGUUUCUGACGCCCGCCGUCUUCGUCGACGGCAUACGGGACUACCUGCUCGUGCACAGCUACGGCAACGCGCACACUGACGACCUCUGGGAGUCCUUGACGCAGAGCGCACAGCAGCAUUUGGGGCACUCCGUCAAUGUGACAGAGGUGAUGGGGACCUGGGUGAGGCAACGCGGCUUCCCACUGCUCACGCUCACCGCCGUCGACAAGGAAUUAAAGAUCACCUACAAGCAAGAGCCGUUUCCCAUCGAGCCUGCAGAAACAUCUAUCACACCAAGCAGCCUGUGGCAAAUCCCACUCACCUUCAUCACCAGCGACAACUCAACCUCGCAAAGCAAGCUCAUCACGGAUAAACAAGGAGAUAUAGCGGUGACGAAGUCGACAGAGUGGAUAAAGGCCAACACGAACAUGACGGGCUUCUACGUGGUGGACUACGGGAAGGACGGCUGGGCCACCUUCGCCAAUAAACUGACAACCUCGAAGAGCUUCCUUUCCCCCGCAGACCGUGCCAACCUCCUGAAUGAUGUCUUCUACCUCCUCAACGUUGGCAGAGUAGAUGUCGAAGAUGCUAUGCCGCUGCUGUCCUUCCUCCCCAACGAAACGAGCGUCACUCCGUGGAAGGUGGCGCUGAUGCACCUGGACCGAGUGCUGCUCAUCCUCUCCCCCUACGCCCAUGACGUCCAGCUGCUGCAGAAGCACAUCGUGAAGCUGGGAGAGGAGCUGCUGCCGCGGCUGCCCUGGAACAAGUCUAGCGAGGAGGUCACGGUGCCCCAGCGCUCUCUGGACGCCUUGCUCGUGUCGGUGCUGUGCGCGUAUCGCUCCGAAAAGUGCCUCAACAGGGCAAACGUUGCGUACUUGCAGUGGAGUGCCUCGGAGAGCCUGUCGGCGGACCUGAUGAGCACGGUGCUGCGGGUGGCGGUGCGUGACGGAGACCGGCCCACGUGGGACAGCGUGCAGGAGCACUACCACAGAGCCAAGUCCAGCACAGAGCAAGCCAAGUACCUGGAAGCACUGGCGAGCACCAGCGACGAGGACCAGCAGUGGAGUCUGCUGGAGAAUGCGAUGGCCGGCGUUGAGGUCAGGAGCCAGGAGCUUCCGCGCAUUGUGGGCGUGAUGGCGCGCACCUCCUGGACCGGGCGACUAAUCACCUGGGACUUCCUGAGGAAGAGAUGGAGCCUGCUCGUGGAGAAGUUUUCCUUGGGCUCCUUCGCGCUCUCUAACAUGGUGAUGUCGGUGACCUCGGGAUUCUCCAGCACGUACCACCUCGACCAGGUGGAGGAGUUUGUGGCGAGCCUGCGCGACAGCAGCGGAGAGCUUCGCGUCUUCAAAGAGGCUCGCGACACGAUCCGCGCCAACCACCACUGGCUGGCGACCAACCGGGUGGCGCUGCACAAGUGGCUCACAGAGCAAUCUUGAAGGUCUCUUGGCGGUGGCCGCGGUCCCUCGAGGUGUCCGACGAUCGCCACCCGACCGACGUGCGGCACCCACUUGACGUCGAAUGGAGGCCGCAAAAUGCUUUUUCCCCCCCCGCCGCACGGAUGGGAUAGAGUGUCUGACUAAGCGGCUACCUCCAACGCUGCCAUAACCACCACGACGAUGCGACCCCGUUUUUGCCGCUCGGUAGCCACGACUCGGUCUGUGACCUCGCCCGUGGCCUGCGGUCCGACCCCACGCCCCUCGCUGUCCCUGCCUCCCUCUCGCUCGCCGCGCUUGCCCAGUCGCACCGAUGGCCGCUUGCCUGGCGCGUUCUCGGCGAGUCCAGCUAACCGUGAGAGAGGCCGUGAUGAAGGUGGGAAUUUGCUUACAGUGACUCCUGCCACUACCCUAUAAACAAAGCCAUGUUUGACCUUUACCUCCCAGCAGCUUGUUAUUUCUGGGCUCCUGUACUGGCAGUCGAUCGCGCACCUUCGGUUUGUAAACUCGCAGAAUCUAGAGCACCAUGCUCUUAAACUUUGGCCCCCUCUCCCCCCCCCCCCCGAUUUGACUCGCUGCUUGUUUUACUUUUAUUUAUUUACCGCCCUUAGACUUGUGGGCCGGGAGGCCCUCGUGCGUUCUCAGCUCGCUGCACCGCGCGACUCAGGAAGUGCACCUCGUUACAGGGGUCUUGCAAAGCGGGCACUGGCUUUUAAUUUGGUGUGGGGCAAGCUGCAAUGCAAGUUGCUGCCCGGGAACUCUGCACUGAUCGCUGGGCCGUCGUGAAAAAUUAUAACGCUCCUGAACUUUUAGAGAUGCUAAUAAAAAAAAAACUCCUUUUGAAUUAGCAAGGCUGGGGUUUAGUGGUGUCCCGCUCGCUGAUCUUCUGAGCGUUGGGUUUGACGCCGCCGAAAUGAGCCGUGGAGAUGUUCUUGAGUAAGCUCUGUUAUUGCCCUUUGCACGUUUUGGGCCAGAAUUCAACCAAUUACUACGAUCAAACACUCCGGGGUAAAUUGCUCUCUGGGCCACGAGUUUGUGGCGGAGCUACAUUGGUAGCCUUUCCCUCCUGCGAGAGAGUGCUCACGUUAACUCCGCGCGGGAUGAAGUUGCAAAAAAAAUGUGUGGGCACAGAGCAUGCCGCCUUGCGGAAUUUACGCGUGGUGUGCUCCUCCGUAUGCAUAAUGCUCUUCUGGUUUUUGAGGCCCCCCAUUGGCUUCCAGUGAACUAUUAGGCAAUGCAGAGGGCAGGGGAAUUGUAAGACGUCUGUAAGUGUAAUACUAAUCAUGUACAUUCAGUGCUGUGCAUCCAACGAGUGCUGAGCAUGCGCUGACAGUGCCGUAACGAUGUCAACACUGCACACGCGGUGCGUCAGAUAAUGUGGUUCUGUGCGUUGGUUGGCCACGGCGACUGUGGGAACGGCGCGGUUUUUGUCUCAGGUGGCCGUGGGCUGAGUCGAGUGGGAGCUCUCCGGACACUUGCAGGGCACCUGCUUGCCAGUGUGGGCGAGGGGGGGGGCAUGAUCGAGAUACAUGGGAGAGAAAGAGAGAGAGUUGUCGGUGAGCACCGAGUUUUUGCUGCCCACCGCACAGGUGUCCCCUGAGCUUAACCUACUACAAAUGUCCGCAUAAAUGUCCGGCUCCAUGCGGUCCGAUAAUAGCAGGUUUGUUGUCCGCUGUUAGUGAUGGCGUCCUAUUGUAUAUUAGCCCGCACGUUUGCGUGGGGUAAAGCUUAAGCGCGGCGCAAGCGAUGUGGAUUUGGUAUAACUUCCGUUCUAAUAGGCCUCUAAAUCUAAAAUUUGCUUUUCGUUAAUAUUGUGCAAGGGAUGUAAUUUGUCGUGAGCGUUACCGCGAGCAGAAUUCGCGCUCACUAAAGCACUGACGUGACUUGGCGGUCGACUACGUUGAGGAGGGGGGUGGGGUGUGAUUUGAUUAAGCGAAUCAAGCCGUUUGCCGUCUCGGAGAAGAUUUUAAUGGCGAAAUCAUUCACAGAAAAAUGCGAUGAGUUGAAAGGCGUGAAUCGGGGAAAUGGGAAAAAAUGCCUCCCUUUGACACGUCCAUUAUUACAAACCCCGGUCCAUUGCGCUGACGUGUGACACAGAAAUCUCAACUCGGAGGUGCAAGGAGUUUCCCAAUGGUACCUGCUGGGCUACUGGCAAGCAGCCAUGAUUAAUUAACUGCAUAAGGUUUGAGCAAUGUACAGUCGUAAUUCCUCGUACUGCGCAGUGGAUGCGAUCCCGGAGAGCGCCGUGUAAAGCUAACACGCGUUAGGCGAGGACUUACCGUGGCGCGAGGCGCCUGGCGAUGACCACCAUCUUUUGAAAACGGCGGCCUGUUGAACGUUCCGAGGUGUACUCCCGGAGAGUUCGGGGUCAGAGUGUUGGGAAUGCAGAAUGGUGGGGACGGUGUUCCGGAAGUGACCUCGGCAAGAGGACGGUUUUUUUUGGUUGUUUCAUAAAUGUUUUCUGUCCGACGUGACGUUCGGGAGAUGGAGCGUGACAUGGACGGACAACUUGUGAAUUAUAAUAUAUAUGUAGCUCUCGUAUACAAUAAACACGGCAAGUAUACACAGGUCGCAUAAUACAGCAACUCCGCCCGUGCAAAAAAAAAAAUCCCUUUAUUUUAUGCCGCGCAUAUUUUAACAAUGAGGGUAAUUGCUAAGACUGUGUGCGCGCGAUGCAUAUUGGGCGUUGGUUGUUAUAGCAGUUGGGGGGGGGGGGGGCGCACAAUGCCUGCGAUGCAGAAAGGGCACGCACGUGUAUUGCCUUGGAAAGACUUGAUGUGGGUUUUCAUACAAAUUUCGCCGUGUCUGUGGUUUUAGUUUUUUGGUUAAACUUGCAACCCCAAGGCGGGUGUCAAGGUUAACCCCUUAUCCAGUUGGAAAUGGCACGUGUCUUUAUAUAUUUUUUUUUUUGCAAACGAUUUCUACGAAAGCUAGAAACAACAACUUCCACACACCCCUUGCCUCCCCACCUACCCGCAUGCGCCUGUUAUUGUAAAGUGAUGGCGGCGCUCCACGGGUCAGCGGUUCUACGAAACGACGUCCACACGCUCUCGAAGCAUUGGGAUGUGACCUUGUGCACUGGCAAGAUUGGGUAAAAAUGCUCCACUAUUUUUCAGUUAAACUUUUUUUUGUUGACAGCACCGCCACCUGGCAGUGGUUGGGGGUGGGGGGGGGCAGAAAAGGGAACUCAAAAAUUAUAUAUUUUUUUUAGCUGCAACAAAAUAUAAAUAACAACCAUCGCGGUACUACGAGCGUGGAAACGGUCGUCAUGUGGCCAUGAAACCUUCAGGGGGGGGGGGGGAGGGGGGGGGUCUAUCAGUUCCCCGUUAGCGAGCGAUGGUCUCGGCUCAUUUUACCGCCCGGCUCGCUGGGAGGAGCGUCUGAAUGUUUAAGCCAGCCGGUCCUCGCUUUGGACGUUUGAAGAACUCGGGCUUUCAUGUUCGCAUGGAGCUGACGGACCUCCCGUGCCCCCCGGUUGGUCAAAAUGCGCCACUCGCCACAAGUCCCAGUCGGGGCUGAUUUAAGCACACAUGGUGUAAAUAAAUAAAAAAUUGUAUGAACCCUACAUAGUAUCUUUCGCUAGGAUGGUCACUCGUGUGACCUUGGGUUUCCAGUCCAAAAGAGAAACACCCCAAUGAGUUAAUUUCAAUAUCUGCAGGGGAGCUGCUUUAGUGAUGCAAACAUAGGAUCUAUCAUUUAUCCUGAACGAUUGGUUCUUUACAAAAAAACGCGUGUCAGUGUUGGGUGCACUCGCAUUUGUUUAAUAUUUAUAAGAGUACAAUCACUGAAGACGAUACUAAUGAAAUUAUGUUUGUCUUUCUAUUUGUUGGAUUUUUCCUAAGUUUUAGGCGGCAUUUUUUUUACUGCAACUAAAAAAGCAGUACCUGUGUUGCUUCACUAAGUUAUUCCUCGACUGCUGAAUGUUCAAUCGAUUAAGUAGUUGUGGGGAAAAAAAGUACAAGGAAUACCUUUUGUGAACUGUGCAAAUGUGACGAGCACGGGGUCUGAAGGUUCUGAUCGGCGGGCACUGUCGUUGGUGUUGUCCCACAAUGCAUCACACGCAUGGUCGUCGCUCGCAACGGACAUCGAUUGUUGUGGGGGGUAUCUGUUUUUGUGUCUCCAUUGCGCCUGUGUUUUGAGAUGUAUGGGUUCAAAAUGUAGCCUCGGGCGCCGCGCAUGAUGUGUGUGUGUGUGUUUUCGCCUUUCGAUUUUUUGCUUUGUAUUUUAUACACGUGCUGCGGAUGGGAAUCGGGGGAAGCUGAUCGGUUGAUGAACGAGCGUUGUACUUGCACCGGGUACAACCCAAUGUGAACAGGAAUCGUCAUCGUGCUCGGUUAAAGAAGUCCGCCUCUUUAAGCGAGCAGGCAGCGAUGGUCGCUGAGGUUUCUCUGUGUGCCAGGAAGCUGUACAACUCUUGUUGUAGGUCUUUUUUUAUCUCUACUUUCCAGCGGGCCACAUAUUACAAUUGCCGUGUGCCGAUGGGUCAGGUAACAUCAUGUGGUAGGACACACGACGUCACGACGUCACGACGUCAUAUCCUGUACGUGUGGCCACCGAUCCAUAUACCUCACGUCUCUAGGUAUCUCAUCCAUUGGUGUUAUCUCAAUGUCAUCUCACUAUCGUAUCUCUCUCAGUGGGCCCUUAGCUCUGGCAGUCCACAACAAGAGCCUUCACGGACCACGUGACCAGCCGGCUGCCAGUUUGAAAUUCCGAGCUCCUUAAGACUUCGACUCAAGUUUGGGAUUUUCAUUUGGUCACAUUUGCGUAUUUCUAGUGUGCGUGAUGAACCGGCUCGGGGCACCCACUGAACCAGGUCUGCCACGGUUCGGCUCGCCGUGGGAACCCCACGGCACCGCUGCGUCAGAGCUGUCCCGCUGGUGGCCGCAAUGAGCCCACGGCCAGGCCGAUUCCCUGGGGCGGGGGGUGGGGGGGAAGUCCCAUCUAUCCAUCAGAUCUUAAUUAAAGACUUGACACUGAGAGCGGACACUUGCAUGCGAGCAGUACAUGGGACUCGGUGGUGACUGAAUGUAGAGGCUUGAAUCACGCUUAUACAUUAGCUUCUAGGCAUGUAACAAUUUCACCCCUUUCGUGAUUGGUGAUUCAUCAUGAAGUGGGGGUCACAAUUCAUGAACUGAUUUCAGUUUGUUCUGUUUCCUGUCUUGUGUGUAGCGUCUGUCUCGUACGUUCUGUCUCAUGUUAUAUAUUGAAUUCCAUGAGCCUGAAGGUAAAAUUUGCAUUUAAUUUGGCUACAUCGUUAAUUGAUGAGUCCACUCGCGGUUCUAGGCGUCUAUCACGAGUGUAAAGUUUCAUUUUAAUCGAAGAAUCGUUACAUGCCUAAUAAAGAGAAGUCCUGGCUUAUGGCCCAAAAAGCCACGGAGCAUGCUGGUCACACCUUGA